AUGGACACCAGCGGCGGGGCCGUCCUCCAGUCGCCGGCGACGGAGGAGGAGACGAUGGCGCGGAAGCGCUCCCGCCGCGUGAGCUUCGCGGACACCACCGCCGUGCACGUGUUCGACCGCGACGAGGACUUUGAGACGCCCCCGGACGAGCGCCCCGCCUCCCCGUCUCCGUCCCCCGGGAGGCCCCUCGCGGGCGACGCGGCGGAGGGCGACGAGACGGAGGGAGAGGACGAGUCACCGUUCGGUUGGCUCGGGGAUGUGGGUGUCAGUUCCGCCUCCCCCGGCAGCGCCGCCGGGUCCAUGUCCUCGUUCGAAGGAGAUGACAACUUCUUUGGGGUCGUGUCAGCAAGUUUUAUUCAAUCGGGGAGACCAUCAGAUUCUGGAAUGUCGGAGGACAAUGGCCAUGAUUUAACUUUAGAUUCCCACACGUUUUCUUUGCAUUUCAACAAUGUUAUUCCUCCAGAUGAUUGUUCACUCCACUCAGCUGGAAGUCUGAGGACAGUCGGUCUGGAAUCUGCAACACCGCUAAAGGCACUGAAGGGAUCAGAGUCUGUAAAAUCGAGUGGUGGCCGCGAUGCGUUGACCGACAUGAGUUUGUGUGCAGAAAACCCUAAACGUUAUGAUUAUACUAACUUGUCACUCACAUUGAACAAUUUACUGCAAGAGGUCCAGGAACCAACGUCUCCUAAAGAUGAAACGGACUUUAUAACUGCCAAGCAUGCUUUGACGCUGCCUGCAUCUGAGAAAGAACACAGGCAAGAAAAAUCAUAUAUUGGCAAUGGUGUGUCUUCUGAUGAGCUGGUCUCCGUUAGUUCUCUUGAGGAGCACAUUACUAGUAGCUCUGAUCCGACUGAAGAAGACAAUGCAAUGGUAGUUGAUAUUCAUGAUAAAUCUCAGAUCAGUUUGCAGGAGAACUGCAGUGAUGACCAUAUAGCCGUUCACCCUGAUGUCAAUAGAACUGUAAAAACUGCUUCGUUGCUCUCUCCACCUCCACCUUAUGGGUCCUUCAUGAGUAAUAUUGACUUGCAACCUCCUGUAUUGGAUCAAUCAUUGUCAAAAGAUGAACCACAUGGAGCAAAUCAAACUGCAAGUGCAGUUCCUACCUUUUCAAUGAGGGAUGCUGAGCAGUUGCACCAGCAAAGUGAAAUCUUGAAUUCGGAAACUGUUUUACAUACUCCGAAAACGCAAGUUCAGCUGUUGCAAAUUACACAAGGUUCUGUAUCUUCCCUACGCUCCAAAAGGCAGCAAAUCUUCAGUCCUGUGGUUCAUUCCACUGGUAAUGUGGUAAGCCAUGAGGCAUCUUCUUUGGGGAGUGAGUUUAUGAAACAUGGUAAGAGAAUUUCAGAUCUCGAUCAUGUACUAAAGUUCAAGCUUCAUGAAUCACCUGUAGCUCAUAAUCGUCGAUUACCAUUAGUUGAGAGAAAUGAGAUUGUUCAGGAACCACAUAACACAUUCAGCAAAGCUGAAGAUCAUGGCUGCACUGUGUCAGCUUUUUCUGUUACACCACAACAGCUAGAGAAAACCGGUCAGGCUUCUGUUCUAGGUGCUCCCCCAAGGCAGGAGCCGAGUGAGGCCACUGAGGUUCAGGAUACUCUGUGCGAUGCCCCUGCUUUGGGUAGCCUAGCAAAUCAUGAAUGCAAUUCUCAUAUGGAUAUGGAUGGCACUGGAAGAAAAAGGAGCUCUGAAGAAAAUGUCUGUGCUGAACAUUCAUUGCCUGAAAAAAGAGCAAAGGGACCUAGAAGCCCAAUAACAUCACGAAAACAACUUCCUUGUGUAUCAUUGUCUUCUCGUAUGGCAGAAGAAAAUCAGAGUGAGGCUCAUGAUAGUGCACAAUCAUUAAGUGAUGAUUGGAACAAGGUAGUAUUCAGCGUAUCUGAUUCCAUUAAGCAGAUGCAUAUACGCCCAGAAUCUAUAAGUAAGCUUAACCUACAACAGCUUGAUAUGUUAGGAGAUAUGCUGGGGAAGAUUCAUGUGGCUAGAACAUAUAAGAGGCUUCCUGCUGCUGUGAGGAUUCAAGAUUCCAGACUAGCUGAGGCAAUGUCUCUCCAUGGCAAGCUUUCAUAUGAAAAGGCAAAACUGCAAAUAAAUCAUGUUAAACUUGAUAAACUGCGAAACAAAGCACAACUAUGUCAAGCUGGAAUUCAAGAAUGCCGCUAUUUGAAAUCCAAGAUUUCACAGCUUCGUCGUCCUACGGUGGGUGCUGCACAGAUGAAGGGAGGUCCUCUUUAUGCAGAAACUUCGAUUAAUACCUGCAACAGACUGGAAGGAAAUGCUAGGAUAACUGAAAAGAAGCUUGCACUCAGCAUGAUUCAACAGAAGGUGGAGAACCUCAAGAUUUCGCUUGAACAUUUUUGCAACAUUAAAGGUGAUAUUAGUGAAGUCCUCAGGGUUGCUGAAGAGCAAUUGAAGAUGAGAAAUCAGUGUCGUAUCAUCAACCAGCAAGCAUCGCUCUGGGAGUUGAAAGACAUUGUUAAAAGGGAAAAUAAGCGUGAUGUCAUUCUCAACUAUCGCAAUUUGCUCUUACAAAGGAUCAUCUUAAACCUUAGUGAUAUGUCAACCAUAUUUGUGAGUAACUCACUGAUGGGAACCAAAAUAGAAAAGGCAUUUCCCAAUUUGAAAGCAACUGUGGCAUUCAGUUUCGUUUUCAAAGCUGAGGAGAAUCAAAGACUUAGUGACUUACGAUCCUUGCAGAAGAAGACAAUGGAAACAAGUUUGCUUCUCGGUAAUCUUAUUGAUGUCCUAGAAGAAAUCGAGGAUGCUAAAGGGGAAUUAUUGGGUCUGAUCUCUGCAGAUUUUAGUGUGGACUCCCAGACAGUCACUACAAAAUCUGUACCAUGUCAAGCAGGGCAACUCAUCUUCAGUCUGCGCUUCAUCGGUUACAAGAGCGCCAAGAGGGUUGCUUUCACCAUUGACAUGACAGACCUGAGCCGCGCGGUGUACCCUUCUGAGCCAUCGGAGCUGCCGAUCAAGGUGUGGCAAGCUCAGACAACACUGUCGCAGCCAAACCUGGACAAGCUGAUGGCCUCCAUAAGGGACGACCUUCAGCCGGGGCGUGUGAUGAUCCUCAGGCUAUGCCGGAUGGUGACCCGCCUGGUUAACACAUUGCCUGUCUGA